CUCAACCGUGAGCUGAUUGAGGGCAUCGCCUUCCUCCAUCGGCAAAAGAUCGCGCACCUUGACAUCAAGCCCGAGAAUCUUGUGUACUCAGUCAAAUCUGAGCGUCUUUACAUCAUUGACUUUGAUAUUGCCAUGCGGUGCAAGGAUGUGGACGAGAUGGUGAAGGUGUCCUGUGGGACUCCCGGUUGGAGUGCUCCAGAGAUUGCCCUCAACAAUGAUGAGGCACCUCGCGUUUUCAACCCCAUCAGGGCAGACUUGUGGUCGUGCGGAAAAGUCCUCAAG